AGAAGACAGAAGACACCGGCCGAAGUCUCAAUGGCGAUGAGGACGGCGCCGCUCCUCUUCCGCCGCCGGGCCGCCGCCGCUCCAAAGCCGCUAAAACAGCACGUUGCCGGUCUGUGCGCCGCAGCGGGACACAGCGCGCUAGAAAACGGCAGUCGCAGUGGCGGUGGGGAGGGGAGCAGGAAGCGGUGGGUGGAGCUCCCUCCCUUCGCGCCGCUCGAUGCCAACGCUGCCGCGCGAGCCAUCUCCCGAAGGGACGGAGGAGAAGGCGCGUGCUCCAACGACACAGCGAUCAGGUGGGUGCGGCGCUGCUGCCCGCACAUGCCGGCGUCGCUGGUGCAGAAGCUGUUCCGCCUCCGCAAGGUUAAGAGGAAUCUUCUGACUGCUGAUACCUCUUCAACAGAUGGUAUUGCUGAUCAACUCCGGUUGAGAAGGGUUUCAGCAAAAGAUGAACUUGUGCCUGGUGAUAUUCUUUUUCUCCCAUUUAACAUUCAAGAAUCUUCUGUUUCUGAGAAGACAAAGAAAUUCGGUAGCAAGAAUGAGAUUGAUUUUCUACGCAGCCUUGAGAUAUACAAGGAUAGGGCCAUCAUUGUGCUCAAUAAACCACCUGGAAUGCCAGUGCAAGGUGGUGUUGGCAUAAAAAAUAGUAUUGAUAUACUGGCGCCACUGUUCGAGGAUGGUUCUUCUGAAGCACCUCGACUGGUCCAUAGGCUUGAUAGGGAUUGCAGUGGCGUCCUUGUUCUGGGAAGAACCCAACUUAGUGCUUCCAUUAUGCAUGCUAUAUUUCGUGAGAAAACUGCUGAUGCUUUAGCUGAUGGUACUCAACAAGUACUGCAAAGAAAAUAUGUUGCACUUGUUAUUGGAAGACCUAGGCAUCCCAAGGGCUUGUUGUCAGCUCCACUUGCAAAGAUUGUAUUACAAGAUGGCAAGUCGGAGCGUUUAACUGUUUGCGCUGGUUCCAAUCCUGCCUCUGUUCAAGAUGCUUUGACAGAGUACCGUGUGAUUGAAUCUUGUCCGCAAGGCUAUACUUGGUUAGAACUAUUUCCUCGUACUGGAAGGAAGCAUCAGCUCCGAGUCCAUUGUGCAGAGGUUCUUGGAACACCAAUUGUUGGGGAUUACAAGUACGGACGCCAAGCGCACCAGAACUGGAUGCCUCUUCCCAUUCCGCAAGCAAUGGAUGUGGAAAUGCUCAAGAAAAGGAAGCUUCCCUUUGGACUCGCUUUGGGUGGUGGAAGCGUAGCUGAGGACCAGCCUCAGCUUCAUCUACACUGCAAGCAGAUGAUCCUUCCUGACAUCUCAGCAGCUAUGCAGCGGCUGCAGUCUUCAGAAUCCAACCACAAUUUCUCUGAUCUUGAGAAACUCAGCUUUGUUGCUCCAUUGCCAUUGCAUAUGCGGUUGAGCUGGGAGAUUUUGAAGUCCGUACACAAGUAAUACUGUCCUUUCAUCGGUUGGUCAUGCCUGGUUGGUGGUUGCUUUGUUGUAAUGCUGGAACUGGCUAACUGCGGAUUUUGCUUUGAGACAAUGCAGAAGCUUCGCUUGGUAGUUGGGACAGCCUUAUGCCAUUAGUGCUGACUGAGUUGGGGUCCUCUAUCUAUAGUGGUUGAAAGAUCAGAUAAGCAGAGAAAUAUUGUUGAUAAAACAAGUCUUAUGUUUGCUCCAGAGAAACCCUACUUUACAUGUAACGAACCUAAGGAAGGGUUCCAUUAAUGCGCACGGUUAUUUACUUAAGGAUUACAUUAA